GCGCGCGUGGCUUCCGAAUACGGCAAGGCCCAUUUGUCAAACUUCACCUUGAUCCGGCUCGGCCAUCUCACUCGCGACCCCAACGGGCCCACCCCUUGUUCAGGCAUCUUCUCCGCCUGCACCUGCGUCAUAUCCUUGGUGUUGGGAAUACUGCCUCUGGCUGAACGAGAAUCUUUUACCAAUCAUCCCCACAUCUUCACGUCGUACCAAGCAGCGGGUAGACAUGUUCUCAGCCAGUAUGGCACAAAGCCCGCCGUUGACUGCCCUCGAGGCCCUGUCGGGCGUCUUCGGCUCCAUAUCGCUGGCUUCCUGGAUCUUCCUUCUGGUCCCGCAAUUGCUAGAAAACUACAAGUCCGGUUCUGCAGACGGCAUCUCCCUCGCCUUCCUCACAGUCUGGUUCAUAGGCGACAUCACCAACCUCGCUGGCGCAACAUGGGCUGGCCUCGUCCCCACCGUCAUCGCCCUCGCAAUCUACUUCUGCUUCGCUGACCUGAUCCUCAUCUCGCAAUGCGUCUACUACAACAUGAAGAACUCGAAACGAACGCGCAAGACGUCGACGAGAAGCCAGGAUAGCGUCGAGGCACCCCUCCUCGGCCGGAGGGACUCGAGCAACAUCGGUCUGCCGGGCAGCCAUAGAAGGGACUCGGCCGCGAGUCGCAGGCGCAGGGCGAGUUCGCUACCCACCAUCAUGGACGUCGACGAGGGCGGCAGCGAGUGGAUAAAGAAUGCCUUGUCCAUAAUCGGUGUCUGCGUCGUCGGUGCUGCGGGCUGGGCCAUUGCCUGGAAGACGGGUGUAUGGGUUCCGCAGCCGACCAACAAAGCUACGACGGGUACGGAAAUGGCGCUCGGUGCGCAGGUCCUAGGAUACGCCAGCGCCCUGUGCUAUCUCGGAGCGAGGAUCCCGCAGAUUAUCAAGAACCAGCGAGAAAAGUCCUGCGAGGGGCUAUCACUGCUCUUCUUCAUGCUGAGCUUGUUGGGAAAUGCUACCUAUGGUGCAGGAAUCAUCUUCCAUUCUACCGAGAAAGAGUAUAUGCUUACCAAUCUCCCUUGGCUCAUUGGCUCGCUCGGCACAAUGGUCGAAGACGUAACCAUCUUCAUACAGUUCCGUGUUUUUGGCAGCGGAGAGUCGACGUCUGCCCUCGCGUAGCGUAGCAGAAUAUAAGAAGAAAGGUAGACGAGGCCCAACACGCCUCACACCACAGUCAUCAUAGAAUUGUUUUGGGUUUAUGGCAUCGAGCCAUGUAUAUAUGGGUUGGCUACGGUGCCUCAAAAGUCUGGGAUCAUUUGUUUCGCAUCUACUCUUUGGUCUACAAUACCCUAUCUAGACAGACACGGAUAGUGUUUUGCAUGUUGGGUUCUUGUACGCUUCGUGACGAAUAAUGUAUAUACAAUGUAAAGACGUCCAAAUCCCAAGUCAAUAGAGUCGGAGCCAGUCGCAUGCAAACAUGAGAUAUGUCAAGGUGUCCAAGGCAGACAUACAGCGCG